AUGCUUGAUAAAGACUACUUUCCAAAAUCGGAAGUAUGCGAAAUACACGAGCUUGGACGAAUAUGGUCAAUUGUGGCUGGAUGUGCUGCUUCUUAUGCCUAUAAAACGAUUGGUACAGGGUAUUCACAAGCGAUGAAAGUAUGGCUAGCUAAUGCAGCCAGUACAGCAAUUAUCUUCAGUCUCAUUGGUGAAAUACCGCGAUCCGAAGAGAAACGCAGUGAAACAACAGUUGAGUCUGUUGCUCUUCCAGAUUCUAUUUCAAUUGAUGAAGCCGAUGGCAACUGGUUCUAUGGGACAUGGACAAAAGAAAAUUUAGCAAGUGAAUCAGAAAUGCAAACUGUUAUCCAACCAAAAAUGACCGAGGCAUGUUUACAAGUGAUGAUAGCCGGUGUUGUCAACUUUUAUCAAAAUAAUCGCUAUGCUCCAUUGGAGACGAGUACUGACUAUAAUAAAAACAGCAGUUAUGCUGCACGAAUACUAAAGAAGGCAUGGUGGAAUCAGUAUGGCAUAGACAGUGAAUCCGACAGGAUUAUGCUGAUGAAGAUCACUGGUCAGUGGAUAUCAAGAAUCCAUGUGUUUAAUGUAUUCAUCUGUUUGAAAACACUUAAACAUCCAUUGAAAUAUGUCAGGGUGAUUGGUAUUGGAACACUGCCGUUUUCUCAAGAGGUAAAAGAUGAAUUGAAUCAUUUACCAAGUGGUUGGAAAAGAACGGAGAUUGUAGAGAAGAUAGCUAGAAAACUAGUCAGCUCUAACUUGCUGGGACUGUUUCGUGAUAUCAAGGGGUUGAUCAGCCUGAGAAAUCGACUCGAAGAAAUCCUUCAAGAUCCCUUUUAUUAUCAUCCUGAUAGUGAUUAUUUGAUUAAGAAUCCACUGAAACCGAACAUUAUCGACGAUGCUAACAACUUGUUAGGACGCUUAAUCACCUUCUUGAAGUAUUCAGAACCUGACAGUGAGUUGUUCAACAGUGUUUACUUGAAGGCGGUGGACGGUAGAACACGAGAACAAGACUAUAAUGAUUAUAGUGAGAGUUGGGAGAUACUAUUGAGAAAGAUUUAUACAAGUGAUGCAUCGACUAGACAGGAUAUCAUUGACAGUGAACUGAGCAAGCUGAAAGUUCCUGUGAAUAAUUCUCGAAAUCAACAGGAAUUAGCGGAUAAAUGCUUCAAAUUGUACAAUGUUCAAUCCAAUUAAUAAAACUUUUCGUUUAUUUGUUUAUUGAUACCAAUCCAUUGUUAAAUACAAUCUCUUUAAUAUCAGAAUGUGAGUACAUUGUGUUGGACAUUUGCAUGACACAUGUUGAUAUGAUCCCUAUUAUUUGUAAUGAUCACUGUUUAAUCUCUUUAAUGUAAUGCUUCCCAUUAUGGUUGUGUGCGCAUUGACAGUGUGUUGUACAAUGUGAUUUUGAUUGAUUCAAGGUCAUUUUGACCUUCAACUGUCCUCAGGAAUUGUUGAUCUAUGUCACCCUUGUGGACAGAGUUUCAAUCCCACCGUGUUGUGAAUAUUCUACUUGAUCCCGAGACAUCGCCUACAGUUGAAUUUUAGUUAACUGACUAACUUUGUACUACCGCACUUGCUUUGUGUUUAGAAACCUGCAUUGCCUGUAUAGCUGCUUAAUAGUACUAUGAGGUAU